CCGAGCUUCCCGUGCUCCUCGUCUAUUCAGUCGCUGGGAUUAGAGACGACCUAUCCUUGUCUCCCUUGUCUAUCGCUUGCCAUUGGACGUCUGGAUAGAGAGCAGUAAAGAUGGCCCCGCUAUCUCACAACACCAAGGUUAUCCUCUUGGCUAUAUUCAUCGCCUUCGGAGGAUUCCUGUUUGGCUAUGACAUCGGUGUUAUUUCAGGAUGUCUGAUUAUGCCAGACUUUAUCGAGCGGUUCGGAGAGGGUUCUCCGGGCUCAAAAGUCUUGACUGCAUCCCGACAAUCCAUCAUCACAUCUCUGCUCUCCGCUGGGACAUUCGUAGGAGCAUUGGGACAGGCCUUCACCUCUGAUUCAUUGGGUCGUCGCGGCUCUAUUCUUCUAUGGAGUGCCAUCUUCACCGUGGGCACCGCCAUCCAGACCGGCACGGAAACCUCGGUCGUGCAAAUUACCAUCGGCCGCUUCAUCGCGGGCUUGGGAGUCGGUGCCAUGUCUGCGAUUGUGCCCCUGUAUAACGGUGAGACCGCGCCGAAGGCCCUCCGUGGUACGCUACUGGUCAUGUAUCAGCUGCAAAUCAUCAUUGGUAUCUUCAUCUCGUACAUCAUCGACCUCGGCACCCACACUAUCAACAACUCGGCCUCAUGGCGCAUCCCAGUCGGCCUGCAGAUGCUCUGGGGCCUCAUCCUCCUCUCCGGCAUCUUCUUCCUCCCCGAAUCGCCGCGUCACCUCCUGGGCAAGGGCAGGGCCGACGACGCACGCAGGGUCAUCGCAGACCUGAACUCCGUACCCACGGAUGAUCCGCUCGUGAACGAGGUCAUCGAGGAGCUGGAGUUCGGUAUCAGGGCGGAGAACGAGGGCGGCAAGGCUACCUGGCUGGAGUGCUUCUCCACCCGGAACAAGCUGUGGUACCGUACGAUGAACGGGAUGAUGUUGCAGUUCAUCCAGCAACUGAACGGGCAGAACUUUUACUACUACUAUGGUGAUACUUUUUUCCAGAGCGCUGGUACGGAACUGAGCGCGUACGUCAUCCAAACUAUCCUGGGUGCUGUCUCGGUAGCUGGCACGGUUCCUGCACUUUACUUGAUUGAGUCGAUGGGACGUCGGAAGUCUCUGCUCACUGGUUCAGUGCUCGAAGCCAUCUGCGCCCUGAUCGCCGGUCUCGUGGGCCACUACACCCUCGCACCAUCCGGCACCCCCGCCUCACAGCUCACGAAACGCAACAAGCAGGGCGGCGACACGCUCAUCGCCUUCGCCGUCCUGCACGUCUUCUCCUUCUCGAUGUUCUGGGGCCCGACGCCCUGGGUCUACCUCGGCGAGAGCUUCCCCCUGCGCGUGCGCUCCAAGGCGAUCGCGCUCGGUAGCGCGACGAACUGGAUAUGGAACUUCCUGCUCUCGUUCUUCGCGCCGCGCAUCGCCGCGAAGAUCGGCCCGCUCAUCUUGCUCAUCUUCUUCGGCAUGCUCGUCUUCGGGUUCGGCUAUGUGUACCUCUUCAUCCCGGAGACCAAGGGCCUCAGUCUGGAAGAGGUGGACGAGAUGUACCGUGCCGGCGUAAAGCCAUGGCAUUCAUCUAGCUGGCGCCCGCACUUGUACGACAAGGGUGUGGAGGAGAAGGAGGUUCGGGAGGUCCGGGAAAAAGCUGAUCAGGAGAUUUAGGAUCGGGGAUACCUAUAUAUUUGUUUACGAUCUCACGUUCCUGGAUGCCCUCAUACUGUAAUUUACCGCACUUUGUUGUACUACCUCACUGCAUCGCAAAGAUGGCAGACUUCACUCUAAGAAUAUUCGUGAAGAAGAGUUGAG